UGACGUUAAUACUACAUCGGGUGUAGUGAGGGGUCAGACACUCGUCGCACAAAAUAAAAGUAUUGACCAGUUUUUAAACAUACCAUACGCUGACCCGCCAAUGGGAAGCCUACGGUUUGCAAAACCACUGCCUUUACUAAAGCCAAAAAAGGAUAUAAUCGACGGCACAAAACAGGGCAACUCAUGUAUACAGAACCUAACGCCAGGUUUCGGUAAAUUAACGCUAAGUGAGGACUGUUUGGUACUAAACAUAUGGACACCUAAUGUGGGAAACAAUGACGAGUCAACUGAAGCACCGGCACUAAAACCAGUCAUGUUUUGGAUUCAUGGCGGGGGUCUAGUAAAUGGAUCCAUAUUUCAAAUGCCACCCUAUAAUGGUAUAGAUUUGGCCGCAUAUGAUGUGGUGGUUGUGUCCACUAAUUACAGAUUAGGUCCGUUUGGCUUCUUGUAUGGGGAUCGGGAGGACGCGCCCGGAAAUGUGGGCUAUUAUGACCAGUUAUUGGCAAUUAAAUGGGUCAGAGAAAAUAUCCAUCAAUUUGGUGGAGAUAGGGGUCGGAUCACUAUAUUUGGUGAGAGCGCCGGCAGUAGAUCGGUGUCGUCACAAAUAUUAAGCCCACUAUCAAAGGGUCUGUUUAAGAGGGCUAUUAUGCAAAGUGGGGCCCAUUUGUAUAACAAGGACAGGGAGCCCCUUAAUAACAUUGAAGCCCUUUCGGAGGCCAAACAAAUGGCAAAACAUCUUAAUUGUAGUGAAACUGAAGAUUGGUUGCAGUGUUUGCGAAAAGUGGACGCAAAGGAUAUCUUGAAUUUAGAAAAAUCCUUUUCGUCGCCAGUGUUUGGCACCGAGUUUUUGCCCGUUUAUACACAUAAGGCACUCGACGAUCAUCUAUUAAAUUAUGAUAUAGACUUAAUGUCAGGGCUAACCAGAAAUGAAGGCCCACUUCUGGUAGAUCUGGUGUUAAAACAAAUUAAUUUACAAACUGUAGACGACUUUAAAAAGUACGUGAAAGUCGGGGAUAAGUUAUACCAUGGAUUAGAUGUGCAAAAGGUGUCAAACUUUUAUCUGAAUGGUGUGAACACGAGUAGUCCGGCAGCCAUUCGUAGGGCUUAUACUGACUUUUUUGGUGAUUUA